AUGCUCGACUUUUGGCAGGGCCUACUCGCGGCUCUGAAACAGCUCGCCAUGCUUCCGUCACUGAUCCACUCGGUAUUCCCGCUGACCUCACGAAAACGCAACAUGCGUGAGACUUUGCGGACCUACGAUCGAACGACGGACGACUUCCUGCGCGAAGUGCAGCGCCUCUUGGAAGCACCGCUUGAGCCUGCAAGGCUACAACAAAUCUCCGCAGGACUAAAGGAGCAGUUUGCCCCCAAACUACAGGCCAGCGAUAUUUGCAUGCUUCCGUCCUACAAUCACAAGUUGCCCACUGGUCAUGAAAAGGGCACGUAUCUGGCACUCGAUGUUGGCGGUUCUACGUUCCGCAUCGCCCUUGUGGAGCUAAAUGGCAAACAGCCCGGUGCCAAGAACAUGCGCAUCGUCAACAUGAAGAGCUUCAAGAUCGACGAAAGCAUUCGCCAGCGACGAGGGACAGAUUUCUUUGACUGGAUGGCUGAGAAGAUCGAAAUCGCACUUGCAGAGGCUCUUCCUCAGAAACCCCACAACAUGGACAGCUUCCCUAUGGGACUAGCCUGGUCCUUCCCUAUAGAGCAAACAUCACCACGCAGUGGAAACCUUCUCGACAUGGGUAAAGGCUUUCACGCGACUGACGGUAUUCUCGGCCAAGACCUCAGCGAGCUGAUCAUGGCCCCGUGCAGGAAGAAGAACCUGCCGGUACACAUGGACUCCAUUGUCAACGAUUCUUCUGCAACGCUGUUAUCACGUGCUUACGAAGACCCGUCAACGCGCUUUGCCGUUAUCCUCGGAACUGGCUUUAAUAUCUCCAUACACCUGCCCGUUUCAUCACUUGCCUCAACAAAGUACAAAGGCUACCCUCAAAAGUGGCUAGACGAAGCCACGCAUGUCCUUGUUAACACCGAGUGUAGUAUGUUCGGGAAGAACGUAUUUCCAACCACUCGGUGGGACGAUCAGCUCAAUGCAACGCACAUGCGACCGGACUUUCAGCCGUUUGAGCAUAUGAUUAGCGGACGUUACCUUGGGGAGAUUGUUCGGUUAAUCAUCGUCGAAGCCGUUCGCACUGCAGGUCUGUUCAGCGGCGAGCUGCCUGCGAAGAUGAACGACCCCUACUCUCUGGACACAGGAACAAUCGCAGCCAUGGAGAUGGACGGCUCUAAGCAUCUCACUGUCGCCACCGCACUACUUCAAACCAAGCACCCGCUCAGCAAGCUGCCUUCUUACAACGACAUCCAGUUUGUUCGCCAGAUAUCUCAGCUUGUCUCGCACCGCGCAGCGGGUUUUCUCGCUACCGGUAUUCACGCAUUGUGGGUAUUACGCACCACCUCGGAGGGCCUUACGCCAGCAUCCGCUGGCCGGAUGAGCAUUGGCUGCAAUGGCUCUGUAAUCGAGAAAUACCCGUUGUUCAAAGAACUAUGUCAGUCGCAUUUGGACGAGCUCGCCAUCGCCUCGGGAGCCAAGCCGAAGUCGAUAUCGCUCGAGAUCGCUGUUGAAUCUGCCAUCUUCGGUGCAGCUGUUGCCGUCUGCAGUCUCGAGAGCCAAUAG